CUGGUACCUGCCUACUACCUGUAACAUUAUAUAACAUUAAUACAUUGCGAAUGUCUUUUUUUUAUGUUCUAAAGUUAACCCUAAAUAAAGUAUAUAUUUUGGUAUGGCAACUUUCCCCCCUGGUGAUGGCGUCCACGUUGUGAUCAGCUGACUCGAGGGUGACGUGGAGAGAACUUUAAAGGUUGAGCACAAUGGAUUCUUUUGAAGAGUACAUCAAUCUUCAUUGGACUACCAUAGUUGUCACAUGUUCAUCUCCCAGCAUAAGAGAAGGAGUGGAAGAAGAGUGUAAACGAUUAUCUAGUGGUGGUUUAUUGCCUCAACAUGAUUUUCUCCUGGUGUUGGAUGAUCCACGGCCUGAAAUCAGACCAUCAAAACAUGAUUCAGAACUUCAGUCAACUCCAGGGGUGGGGAGUGGAGGGGCAACAAUUAAUGCCCUCCUUGUGGCGAUAGAGAGGCUCUCUGCCCAACACCAUCACACCACAAUCAACAGCGAACUUGUUCACAGUAGCCGCAUUCUUGUGGUUCAUUAUGGUCGUCUCUUGCUGCAUUCUCCAGGAGGCACAGCAUUCCUACGACUCUCACCAAAACAAACGUUUGUGCCCCCAAGUGCCAGAACAACGCCACCUACUCUCUUACAACAUGCCAUUUGGAUGACAACUAAAAUGAGUGCAAAGAGCAAAACUGGAGUGUGGGUGACAUCAUUAGAUGCUUUCCUUCCUUACUCCCUGGAGUUACACCCUCCCGAUACUGAUGGCAUUGAUGGUGCUAUAGUGUGUACUGUGGCAGCCCCCUUAGAGCAUGCUGUGCACCAUGGUGUUGUUGUUGCUGAGAAAGGUCAAGACAUUAGUAAAAUGGAAUACAGAUUGCCACUAGAAGAACUGAGAAAGGUUUUUCCAGGAGGUGUCAGUGCAGUGAUCUCUGGAAUAGUGUUCCUAAGUGCCUCAUUGACAGAACAAUUACUUGGCCUUCACACAGUGCCACCCCUAGACUGCUGUACUUAUUAUGGCACUGACAGUGGAGUGUCACCUCUACAGUUGUCAUUAUACUUCGACCUCCUGCUGCCACUUUGUUCUGCAGUUCACUAUGAGGAAUACAUCUCUGGCCAGUGUGGAACUAUCUAUGCUCAGGCAGCAAGUUACAAUACCCUCACCCAACAGGAGUCUCGUUCAGCCAGACUCCAGAUUUGGAAGCAGUUACAAGGACAUAAGAUUACUUUUCACCCUCUUCAAGGUGUGCAGCAUCACUAUAUGGGUGCUAACUUAUCAUUUCAAGACUCACUGAUACCAUUAUUACCUUCAUCCAGCAUCUUGCUUCAUGACACAUUUAUUGGACACGAUAUGAAUGAGCAUGUUGUGAUAGUGAACUCGGUCAUAGAAGGAAGUGUAAAGUCCUUGCAAGAAAAACUCUAUAUCAUAGAUUCUGCAAUUGGUAAAAAUGUUUCCAUAACCUCAGUAGGGCCUGGUGUUCUCUCAGGGCUCCAGUUACAGGAAAGUAAUAUAACUGUGGAAUUACCAGGUGGGCAAGUUUGGCAGAUGUAUCCUGGGGAGAACUAUGAUGUAGUCACCUGUCAUGGGUUUAGUGAUGAUUUAUCUAAGUUACAACAUGAUACUAAAGCAACAGUGUUCAACACUCUUUGGUCUGUUUUCUAUGCCAGAACUGGAUUAGAAAAGAAAGAUUUGUGGCCACACACUAACAGCAAAUAUCAAACUGUUAUUACGGCCAAAUUCUUUGUUAUGGAUCGUCCUGUUGUGGAACAAAUAAGGAUGAUGAUAACCCUGGUGGGGGCAGUUAGUAAUGAUCAGAGACAACAGGAAUGGAUGUUAGAUAUUCAGGAAUGGAAAACAUGCACACGAGUCUCACUUUUAGAUGUUGCAACUAAAUGUGACUUGAAGAAACUAGUAAGACAGCGGGAAGAUAUAUACCUGGAAACUGUUAAACGACUCAUCAGUGACACCGCGGAUGAAGUGGGUGGGAAGUCUCUCCUUCCCUAUUUCAGUUACCUUGCAACAAGAGGACAAGAAUCAGUUGAGGCAAUUCUUCAUGAGUUGCAUAAGCAGCUACAACGACCUCGUACUUCCACCCCUCGUUUGUUGGCAAAUGCAGCUGACCUACUCGGCUGUAUGGCAGCAGGGAGAGGUGGGCUGAGAAGUGGACCUGCAGCCAAUCCUCAGUGGAGAAAUGCAUUGGUGGAGCUUAAAGCUGGAAAUCAGAAAGAGGCAGUGGAUCAUAUGACAAUGGUGUGUACUCAGUGGAUGAAAUCAGGCCAUCCUGAAGACUUGAUCAGAGCUGCAAGGCAUUACGAACGAGCUUCCCAAAUUGUCAUAAGUCAACAGGUGGAAACAGCAGUUGUCCAUGUAUCAACGAUGUGGGUGGCACCGGAGCUCCGCCAGAAAGUGGAUGUUGGAGUAUGGGUGGAGGCUCAUUCACCCGCUCGCAUUGACCUGGCAGGAGGUUGGUCUGAUACUCCACCAAUUUGCUAUGAACAAGGAGGAGCAGUAUUAAACAUUGCUAUCAAGAUUAACAAGAAAAAGCCCAUUGGUGCUCGUGUCCGAAUAGUGCCUGAACUCUACAUUGCUUGUGUUCUCCGCGAUUGGUCUGGUGGAGAUGUCCGCCUGACUUGGACUGAAUUAGAUCAUCUGUGUGAUUAUGACAACCCUGUUUCCCCCGGAGCUUUGGUGAAGGCUGUGCUCCUCUACUGCCAACUGGUGGACCUCAACAGUGAAGACUCUCUCGUUUUACAGUUAAAGAAUAGGUUUGGUGGUGGUGUGGAGAUCGAAGUUUGGUCACAUUUGCCCCAAGGAUCAGGUCUUGGAGGCAGCAGUCUCCUAGCUGGAACUUUGUUGUCUGCCAUUGUGGUGUUGCUGGGGUAUCCACUACCUCGUCACUCACAUCUCAUCCAUGCAACUCUGUGCAUUGAACAGUGGCUCACCACUGGUGGGGGAUGGCAGGACCAGGUUGGAGGACUUUUAGGAGGAGCCAAGUUGGGUGUGAGCAGCAAGGGAACUCCUGUCACAGUGUCCACCUACAAGAUCCCUCUAUCACAGGAAUUUGUCAGCUCCCUCAAUGACCAUCUUCUCUUACUCUACACUGGGAAGGUCCGUCUUGCAAGAAACCUGCUUCAGACAGUCAUUCGUAACUGGUAUGCCCGUGACCCGAAUAUAACAUCAUGCUUCUCACAGCUUCAACAGUUGGCUCUACAAGCUGCUGGAGCCAUGCUUGGAGAAGACCUCAAGAUGCUGGGCUCCUGUAUUAAUAACUAUUGGAGAUUGAAGAAAAUGGUUGCAUCUGGGUGUGAAACAAGCAAGGUAUCCAAACUAAUGGCUACUCUACAAGAUCAUUGUGCGGGUAUAUCCUUGGCUGGAGCUGGUGGAGGGGGUUACCUUUAUGCACUGAAAGCUAAGCCAGGACAACUGGCAGAUGAUAUCAACCUUGGUGGAUUAACUAGUGACUGUGUAGAGGUGGAUGAACAUGGGUUAGAGUUGUGCAUAGGUGGAGAAUCAGUAGCUAAGUUAAAUGAAGAUAAAAUUUUCUUGACUCGUGAGAAGCUGAAGACUUUGUUUGAGAACUAAAGUUAUCAGCAGGUUUUCAGCUUCAGACUACAUUUUAUCACUUUUUAAUUAAAUUAAAGUAUUGUAAAUAUUAUAGGUCAGUUAGUAAAUUGUAAUUCAUCCACAGUAAAUGGUCAUGCAUCCAUUGAAGGUGAGAAAUUGUACAUUCCAUGCAUAUGAGCAACUAAAAUAACCAUUGCAGGACUGUAGUUAGCUUGUUUUACAUCUAUUAGUUCCAUGAGUGCAUCAUGGAACAGUAAUAUAGCCUAACAAGCUGAUCAACUUCUGUAUUGAAACAAAAAAUAUUAAUUUUCAAAGCAUGAUCUUAAGUAAUUUUAAAUCAGUAGACAUAGAAGCAAAGACAUACAUAACUAUGAAGAACAAAUUUAUUAGUCUUUUACAGACAAUUGGACAUUUCAAGUACAGUACAGUAUUUACUUUACCUAUUUGUAUUCAAUGUUCCAUUUUUGUCAUUCUCUAUCAUGUGAGAUUAUAUCCAGUUAGCCCUUUACCCUAAGCUUGGUCUAGCUUUUGUCAGGUUUUUAACUUUUAAUAUAAUUUUUGUACAUGAUGAUGAUAAUGAAGUAAAGUGGCAAAUGACUUUGCCAUGAGAGAGGAGAGGAAAGAGAGAAGGAAAGAAUAGAAACGGGAAGUAAAGUGGUUGGGAGUAAUAGCAGGUGGGCUGUCCACCUAGCUGAGUCGAGGUGAUUAGUUGGGGUGGUGGCCAUACAUAGCAAGCAUCCUCCUGCUCAAUGGAGGCUGGGGGGAGGGGGAGCUAAGCUAGCUAGGCAUUAUUAGUGUAAUGUGUGUUAAUUUAUGUUAGUUAAAGGGUGUUAUUUGUUCAUAUAUAUAUUUAUAAAGUGAGUCUGGUUCUUCUAUGUUAGAAUGGAGGCUCUUAGACCACCAGCUGUUGUUUCUUCUUUUAACUGGGAGAAGAUUAGAUCCUUCAACUCUUCAAGUUUCAUCCAAACUCUCUUAGCUUGCCUGUGUGUACGCAUGUUCAGUGGUUCAAUAUUGUAUAGUUCAUGAAGUUCUUGUAUUUUGGUGGUGUAUGGAGGGAGUUGCUUUGGUGCUCUACAAAUAGUUUUGCUUUGUGCUGCUGGGAGUUGCUUUGGUGCUCUACAAAUAGUUUUGCUUUGUGCUGCUGGGAGUUUAAGUUGACUGGUUCUGCUAAUCGUACUGAGUGGUAUUGGCAGGUAUUCCAGGUGGGGGCGGACAAGUGCUUUGAAUAGGUGUAGCUGAAUGUUGGUGAUUAUUUUGCUGAAUCUUCGUAGUUUUGCGAGUUUGAUUGGGUAAGCAUUUUGCGUUGUGUUAUGUGUUUUGUCAUGCCUGCUCUUGUUUUUGAGUCCUAGUAUUUUGCCUUCGUUGGAGUAUUGUAUAUGUUCGUUGUUGACUAUGAUUGGUGUUCGAUUUGUUUUGGCAAUUUGAAUGAUCUUUAGCUUCUGCAUAUUAGUUUAAAAUAAACACUUAUUUUCAUAAUUGUUUCUGUGCUCGAUGGCGUGGGCUGUUUUUUGUGCCAUCAUUAUUUUGGCCUUGCCUGAAUGUCAGAUGAUUUAGGUGAUGUCGUCAGCAUAGGCUAUGUAUUCUCCAUGGGUAAGAGAUGGCAUGUCAAACGUGUAUAUUGUGUUGUGUGUUAGUGAGAGGUUAUUUCCAUGUGAUACUCUACUAUAUAGCUUGAUGCUUGGGCCUAUGUCGUUGCCAAUGAUGAUUUUUGCAUAUCUAUUAUCAAGGAAGUUGCAAAGGGAAGAAGUGAAGUUGUUGGAAAGUUCUUGGGUGGUUUUUUGUAUUUGUCGAAUGCUUUUGCUUACGUCCCUUAAUACUACAGUAUGUUGCAUUGAUCUCUAUUGUGCAUUGCAUUGGCUAUGUUUUUGUAAAUUAGGGCUAUGGCUGUAUGGGUUCCUCUAUGUUUUCUAAAUCCUUGCUGCCUGGGAUUGUAUUUCUCUUCAAGUUCCGAGGUGUGUUCUCAGUUGGUGGUUCUUGAUUUUUUCUAUGACUUUUCCCGGUGUUUCUAGAAAAGAGAUUGGUCUGUAGUUUGAUGAUUGUGUGGGGGAUUUCCCUUGUUUUGGUAUGUCUGAUGCUCGCUGUUUUGAAUUUCCUUGUGAAGUAACCAGAGGCGAGUGAUGCAUUAAAAAUGUUUCUGAGUUGGUGGAUCAUGUUGUUUGGUAGAUGCUGGAGUAUGAGGUUGUUUAUUUUACUGAUGCCUGGAGCCUUGUUCUUGAAACUGUUUAUUGUGCUGUGUAUGUCGUCUGCGGUGAUUGGUUUGAUCAGUGGGGAUAGAUUGUCGAGUAUGUUUAUGUCUAUAUUGGGACCCGGUUGCCAGAUGUGGUUUGUGCGUGUCAUGUAAUUGGUUACUUGUCACUCGAUAUUCAUACAGAAGUUCAGGUUUUCUUUGUAACUUAUUUGAAAUAUUUUGCUCAAAUAUUUCUUGAAUUUGGGUUCUUGUUCUUUCGGUUCGGUUAAUUUGAUUUGAUUGCUUUUUAAAAUGUAGUUUGAUUCAUUGCUGGAGGUUCCCAUUAGGUGUUUAAUUUUUCACCAAAAUUGUUUUGGGAUGUGGUAAUUUGCUUCUGUGUCUGUUUUUAGAUUAUGCCAGUUUUUACUACAGUGAUAUCUCCGUUAGUCGGAACAAUUGGUGCAGAGCACUUCCGGGAAUGAGAGAUUUCCGGGUAACGAGACGACUCUCUGGAUAACGGAAAAAUUUUCUUGAAAGUUCCAGAAAUUGCCCAUUACAUCAUCUCUUGGACCCGGAAAAAAAAAUCCCUCAUCCCUGGAAUUUUCCGGUUCACGGAAAGUUUUUCUCGGAAUUUCCAGAAAAUGCGCCUGACUUUCAUCUCACAAACCCAGAAAAACAACCCCAUCCCCAUCCCCAGAAUUAUCCGGGUAUCAGGAAAAUUUUCUCGGAAUUUUCUGGAAAAUGUGCCCCUCGGAAAAUCGUUUCCAAAGUCGGCUUUGGGAACAAUUUUCCAAGAAAAUUA